AUGCACCAUGCCAGUGGCACUUGUCCUGGCUUUCGAAGACUGCUGGAUCUAGCGGCUGCGACAAAUCCAGCAAACUCGACGCUGUCCCCAUGGCAUGUUGCUAUAUACUUUGACGAAGUCGGUCCGGGUAACCAACUUAAGAUUCACAAUAAGAGGAAGCUGUGGGCCGUUUAUUAUUCUGUAAAGCAAUUUGGGGGGUAUGAACUCGACAUCGUUAACGGGCUCAAAGGUGGCCUCUCGCACUUGUUCCUUCGUUGCCUCCAGAUAUUCCAGUGCUUAGAGACUGGAAUCACUCUCCAAUUUAACGAUUGUAUCAAGGUUUGUUGCUUUAAAAUUGGUAUCCUCAUCGCCGAUGAACAAGCGAUUAAACUCUGCUUGGAGUGCAAGGGUGCAAGUGGCAAGAUGUGCUGCUUCCGGUGCCAGACCACGGUCCAGGCACGGUACGCUCCCACUCCCAUUGGACGCUUGAUUUUGCACACGGAGCAUGACGUCAGCAAGCUUGUGCUCCACUCUGAUCGGUCAGUCUGGCAAAUUGUAGACCACUUGGCUACACAAGCGGGACAUGGCACAAAGAAGGCCUUUUCCGAACUUGAGGUGCGCUUGGGGUGGAAUCAUGUGCCGAACGGGGUGUUGCUUGAUCAAGAUAUGAGGGCCCAUUUCAAGCCGAUCUCUCAUGUGAGCUACGAUUGGAUGCAUGUGUACUUGGUGGCUGGCAUUUUCCACAAAGAAAUUUCUGCGCUCUUGGAUUUGAUGUCCAAACAUGGGAUCAGGCAAUCUGCUUUGCAUGAUUGGUGCAGUCACUUUGUUUGGCCGCACCUUCAUGGUGGUCAGGGUUGUUCGGCCAAGGAUGUAUUUCAGAAGAAACGCGACAGUGACUCUGAGUUCAAAUGCGCAUCCAGUGAGGCGUUGGGCAUCUAUCCUGUGAUUCGUUCAUUUUUCCAAAACAUGAAUAUGGAAAACAUUGGCCAUGACAUGCGACUCGGUAUCAACUCCUUCUACUGCUUGUGCGAAGUCUUGGACAGCCUCAAGCAUGCUGCCACGGGGUCGAUUGCCGUUGCCGCUAUUUAUGGCACCGACUCCUAUGUGCCGAAGCAUCAUUUUUCAGUGCACCUUCCAUCACUGAUGGAACUCCAUGGCAUGUUGAUCAGUUGUUUUGUGCAUGAGCGCCGGCAUAAGAUUACAAAGAGGUUCGCAAAUAUGCAGCACAGCGGGCAUGAGUCCAUGGACCGGAGUGUUCUCCGAGAAGUCGUCACAACUCACAUUUUCGACCUGCAAACAGACGAAGAUGACUCCGCAUGGAAACCAGCAAAGCCUAACCUGGUAGAAGCCUGGAAGAAUCACCUUGGCCUUCCUUUCUUGACUCAUGCAUUGCUUGUUGCAGCGACCAGCAACCGCUGCCACAUGGAUGACAUGGUUGCUGUUACAGAGCCUAGGUGCAUAGCACAAGUGCUGUUCCACAUUCGAUAUGGUGAGACUCGUGUCACUUUGGUGAAAUGCUUUGAAAAAACGGGUAAGAACACAUUUAAGAUGAAUCCUCAUGACAAUGAACUAUUUGUGAGCACCAGUUGCCUGCAAGGUGCAGUUGUAUACAAACGCCUUGAUGCUGAAAGCAUCCUUGUUGCUCCGCAGAGUUUCUACACAGCGUAG